ACCUCCCCGCCCGACUCAACUAACCACAGCCUCAUCCUCCGUCAUGACGAAAAUCAAUACCGCUGUGCACUCCUCGCGGAGAAAGGCGCGCAAGGCGCACUUCGGUGCUCCCUCCAGUGUCCGCCGCACAAUUAUGAGCGCACCAUUGAGCAAGGAACUGAGGGAGAAGUACAAUGUCCGCUCAAUUCCUAUCCGCAAGGACGACGAGAUUGUUAUCACCCGAGGAACCAACAAGGGUCGCGAAGGCAAAGUCACCUCCGUUUACCGUCUGAAGUGGGUUAUUCACGUCGAGAGAGUCUCCCGCGAAAAGUCAAACGGCCAAUCAGUACCCCUCGGCAUUGCCCCGUCAAAGGUUCAGAUAACUAAGUUGAAGCUGGACAAGGACCGCGAGAGUAUUCUUGAGCGUAAGGGUGCUGGUAGUCAACAAAAGAAGGAGGCAUGAGUGGCCCAGAGCGGUCAGGGUUGACGAUAUUUCAUGGCCUCUUUGUCCUGUUUCACCGGCGUGGGAUUGUAUUCGGUCUCUGUCAAGAGCAUUGCGCUACAAAUUCGGCAUGGGACAAUAUGAGGACAAUGUGCAGUGUGCUAGCGGAUUAUCGAUGGUCAUACAUGCGGACCUAGCAAAAAAUCGAAAUAGUAUCUGCUCACGGCGGUGACACACUCUAGGCUCAUGUGGUGCCCUUGGUGUGACGUGGAAGUGAGCAUGGUUUUGGUGACGACAUGUGAAUCUUUGUGAUAUCACCACUAACUCUGUUUCCUUUGUCCUAGAAACAUACAAUAUCCGCU